AUGGUGGAAGUUUUGGCUCUGCAGGGGGACGUGGGGCACGAUGUCCUGUUGUGGAUCACCCUCACCACCUUGGGAAUGCGGGUCUUGACGAACAUCGCGAGGUCCUGGUUGCCGAGUCGGGGACAGCCGAAGUCAUAUCCAACAAUAAAGGACUUCGUCCUGCAGGAGGCCCACGAGCGCGCCUUCGAACGCUUGGUCAUGGGGCUCAAGGAGUUCGAGAAGGAAAAGGCCAAGAUCGUCGAGGAGAAAAAGGAGGGCAUCGACAGCGCGGUGGGCGAGGUGGACCUGCGCAUCGACGACCGCUACUCCCUCACCGAGAAGAACGUGGACACCAAUACCAACCGGCUCAAGAAGAGCGACGAGUCCAACAUCUGCUUCGGAGGAGUCAUAAUGACCAACGAGGACGGACUCAUCGUCUGCAAGAACACGAUGGACGCGCGGUUGGAACUGGCCUACCAGAGCAUGCUGCCGACCAUCAGGGCGAGUCUGUACGACUAG